AUGAUGCAAGGAAUUGGGAGCGUCUUGUCCCUCUCGUUGGGCCUUUUGACCACAUCUGUCCAGGCUUCACCGUGCCACCAUGUUGAUACUUUAAAGGUCAAUACGACCAGCGGACAGCUGUCAGGCUUCAUCAACUCCACAACUCCCAAUGUUCGCCAGUUCUUGGGCGUCCCGUAUGGGGAGCCGCCACUGGAGACGCUCCGCUUCCAACCGCCGCAGCCCAAGACCUACGCCGGCUCCAUCAAUGCCACAGCCUACGCUCCCGCCUGUAUGCAGCAGAUCAGCACGGCGCCGACAGUGUACUCGACCUAUAUCCAGCAAUUCCUCAUCAAUGGUGGCCAGUCCGAGGAUUGCUUGUACCUUAAUGUCUACGCUCCGCUCCACCCUGUAGACGCCAAAUUGCCCGUGUUCAUCUACAUUCCGGGAGGUGGAUUUACGACCGGAGGCUCCAACUCGUUGUACAAGAUCCCAGACCAAUGGAUCGAGCGCACCCAGGGUCACAUUGUCAUCACAAUGGGCUACCGACUCAAUCUCUUUGGCUUCCCCGGCGCCGAGGGUGCGCACCAGAAUGUCGGCCUCCUCGACCAGAGACUCGUGGUCGAGUGGGCGCGCGACAAUGUCGCCGCCUUUGGAGGCAACCCCGAACAAAUGGUGCUCUGGGGCCAGUCGGCGGGUUCCGCGUCCGUCGGCUACUAUGGCUAUUCGUACCCUGAGGAUCUUAUUGUCAAGGGUCUCAUUUCGGAUUCUGGGGCACCUUCGAUUCUGAGCAAAACAUAUGGCAACUUUAGCAGCUUCAGCACUCUGGCUGGACUCGUAGGCUGUGGCGACCUUGACGCCAGCGAGGAGCUUGAUUGUAUGCAAAAGGUUGAUGCUCAGACGCUCGAGACAGUAUACUCUAACCACACAAGCACCAUUUCCUUCUCCCCUGUCGCAGACAAUGUGACCGUGUUCUCCAACACGACUGAUCGCCUGGCAAAUGGUCUAGUCACCAAGGCUCCCUGGAUCAUGGGCAACAAUGCCAACGAAGGAGCGGGAUUUGGUACCUUUAACGCUAGCGGCGAGUCUGAGACCCAGUUCAACAUUGGAUUGUCAGCCAUUGUGUGCCCAGUGAGCGCGGAGAUCAAGUCCCGAGAGAAGUUUGGUUACAGUACUUACCGUUACUACUACACGGGCAACUUUUCCAACAUCUCUCCACUGCCGUGGAUUGGUGCUACGCACAGUGCUGAGCUGCCUCUGCUGUUUGGAACCCAUAACUUGUAUAGAGGCAACUCGACCGAGUUCGAAUGGGAAACCAGCUACGGAAUGCAAGAUUUGUGGCUGUCUUUUGCUUCAACCCCCGAACAAGAUCCUACUGAUGGACACGGCACUACCUGGCCGAAAUACAACUCGAGCAUCGACAGCAUGGUAGAGUUUGCGGCCAAUGACACGUGGGCACAGAUAGCUAGUGGCUCCAUUGUUGACAGCUUCUGUGCAUCAUGA